UACAUACGUAGUUUUAAAUGGCCUCAAAAACUCUCCCUCCCUUCACAAUACUCACUCUCAAUCUCCUUUUCAUUCCCCUUUCUCUCCUCUCUUGUCCAACUUCAUCAGAAUCCCAGAGUCACACAAACUCAUCAUCAUCGCCAUUCGAGUUUCUGGAGCAUCUCAAGGGGUCUCACAAGGGUGAUCACAUUCAAGGCAUCCACGACCUCAAACUCUACCUUGAAAAAUUCGGUUACUUAAGCUACGGAAACGACAAGAACCACACUCAUGCUGACGAUGACGAUUUCGACGACGUCGUUGAGUCGGCCGUCAAGGACUACCAGCACUACUACCACCUCAGAGCCACCGGAACCCUUGACGGCAAAACCGUUUCCAAGAUGAUGACGCCCCGUUGCGGUGUGCCAGAUCAUAUUGGCGUCCACAAAAUCGACAAUAGUAAAAAGGAUCACAUUAAUGAAGUCUCUCACUAUUCUUUCUUCAGCAAAAAGCAAAAAUGGCCUCCUGCCAAGUACCAGCUCACCUACGCUUUCGCUCCGGGCACUCCAUCCGAAGCCAAGAGUCCGGUUGCACAAGCUUUUCAAACGUGGGCGGCCAGCACUCACUUCAAGUUCAGACGACACAAAGAUUACAAGAAGGCUGACAUAAAGAUCAGUUUCGAACAAGGGGAUCACGGAGAUGGGAGCUCAUUUGACGGCGCCGGUGGGAUUCUAGCUCAUGCUUAUGCACCGACUUAUGGAAAGGUCCACUACGACGCCGACGAGCCCUGGUCCGUCGGCGCCUUGGAAGGUUAUUAUGACUUGGAGACAGUGGCUUUGCAUGAGAUUGGUCACCUUCUCGGACUUGCUCAUAGCUCGGUUGAGGGAGCUAUCAUGUACCCUUACAUCUCUUCUGGAGUUACCAAGCUGGAUUUGCAUCAUGACGAUAUUCACGGAAUUAGAGCUUUAUACAAAUCUUGAUUAAUAAGCCAAAGUGGGUUUAGUGCGUUUUAGUUUUAUUUAAGUUGAUUUGCUUGUGGUAUUAUUUGGAGGUUUUGUUCUCGCUUAAUCAGGGGUUGAAGCCUAAAUAAGGUCUUGCCUAAUUUAUGUGUUCUAAAAUUCAGAUGCUAGAAUUUAAACU